UGGCUGCUGCUUUCUAUUUUCUGCCGCGUCUGUUUCUGCAGCUGCUGAUUGUCAAUCAAAAGCACUUUGGCAGAAGGUCAGAAAGAAGACAGACGGACAAGGUCUUUCCGACAAAACUCCAACUCAACAUGAAGCUCUUUGCUGUGUUCCUGCUCUCGUUGCUCUGGCCUGCGUGCUGGUGCCGGAACGAGGAAGAGCGCCUGAUCAACUACCUGAUAAAGGAGCGCAACUACAACAAGGAACUGCGUCCCGUGGAGAGACAACAUGACGUGGUUGAUGUCUACCUUGCGCUCACCCUCUCAAACCUCAUCUCUUUGAAAGAAGUGGACGAGACCCUGCUCACCAACGUCUGGAUCGGCCACUCGUGGAAGGACUACCGGCUGUCGUGGAACACCAGCGAGUUUGACGGCAUCAGUAUGCUGCGCCUGCCGACCAACUUGGUGUGGCUGCCUGAGAUCGUGCUGGAAAACAAUAACGACGCCCAGUUUCAGGUGGCCUACUAUUGCAACGUGCUGGUUACCAACGAAGGGGAGUGCACCUGGUUACCACCCGCCAUCUUCCGCUCGUCCUGCUCUAUCAACGUCAACUAUUUCCCCUUCGACUGGCAGAAUUGCACCCUCAAGUUCACCUCUCUGACGUACAAUGCCAAAGAGAUCCAAAUGCUCCUGAGCACAGACAGCGACGAUGACGGCAACACGUGGACGGUCGAGUGGAUCAUCAUUGACCCGGCCAGCUGGACGGAGAACGGCGAGUGGGAGGUGAUCCAUCGCCCGGCCAAGAGGAACACAUACAAACACAUUCCCAUGGAGAGCAACAAGCACCAAGACAUCACCUUCUACCUCAUCAUCAAACGCAAGCCGCUCUUCUACAUCGUCAACAUCAUCAUCCCCUGCGUGCUCAUCUCCUUUCUGGCCUCGCUCGUCUAUUACCUGCCCGCAGACAGUGGCGAGAAGAUGACUUUGUCCAUCUCCGUGCUACUCGCUCAGUCUGUCUUCCUGCUGCUGAUCUCUCAAAGGCUUCCGGAGACUUCCAUCUCUGUUCCGCUUAUUGUCAAGUACCUGAUGUUCAUCAUGGUACUGGUGACAGUGGUGGUCUUGAACUGCGUGGUGGUCCUCAACUUGCACUUCAGGAGCCCAAGCACGCACAUCAUGUCCGAGUGGACUAAGAGGUUGUUCCUGGAACGUCUUCCCCGUCUCCUGCUCAUGUCCCGGCCAGCCGAGUCUGAGCCGAAUUGGGACAGCGGCAUGCAGCGGCGCUCCAGCUCAGCGGGCUACAUCGCGUCGGCAGAGGAGUACUACAGCGUAAAAUCCCGCAGUGACUUAAUGUUUGAGAAGCAGUCGGUGAGACACGGACUCAUAACUCGGCCUACCCAUGCCACAGUGAAAAAGGUACAGGAGGAUGGUGGAGCCACCGAGCAGCUGUAUGGGGAAAUCAAGCCGGCGGUGGACGGUGCAAACUACAUCAUCAAACACAUGCGCAAUAAGAAUGACUACAAUGAGGAGAAGGACAACUGGAGCGGCAUCGCUCGCACUGUGGACCGGCUCUGCCUGUUCCUCAUUACCCCAGUCAUGACCUUGGGCACCAUCAUCAUCUUCCUUAUGGGCCUCUACAACCACCCACCACCGCUGCCCUUCGAUGGGGACACUCACAACUACAGGGAGGACAACGUGCGGCUGCUGUGAAGUGUGCGUGCACACACACGUACACACACACACACACACACACACACACAUAUAUUCAACAAAUAUUCAGCUUUCUUUGACUUGUGUGGGGUUUUGCCUUUUUGUUUGAGGUGAAAAAAUAAUAAUAAAAAAUAUUUAAAAGAAAUAAUUUUAAAAAUAUUUUUUCUCACUGAUCUAAAAUGCCAAGGACAUGACUUCAGUCUCGCUGCCUCUCACAGAUCAGUCUUGGUAGUACAGCAGCACUUUGAUUUUUGGGGCGUGUUGCCAACUUGUGAUUGGCAUUUAAGAUCAAAAAACAAAAAGUCAAUUUUUAUGUAUUUUAUUCUCUUGUUUCAAUAAGUAGCAACAUACUUUUUUUUAUUGUCUAUCAGCGUCUUUUAUAUAUAUAUAUUACUCUUAUGUAGCCUAAGCUCCAUUUUUUUACAUGUAUGCUGAAAUAGGAUGUUCUUCCCUCAUCAUAUUAUUUAAAUAUUAUCUCCCAUUUGCAAAAUUAGCAACUUUUUAAUUCAUGUAGCGUUGUUAUUGGAUACGGAACGUAGUCCUUGGAAAAUUGUAGCGCUUCCGCUCAUAAACUUAGCAUACCUCUGUCUUAGGACACUAGACAGGAAGUCAAGGUUUAGCCUUUCAAUGACUUUUUUGUCCGUGUCAUUCUCUUUCUUGGCUUGGCUCUUGGAGUCGUCGUCUUCUGGUGUCUUCUGCGAUUUGCGCAACAUCCUCACUAAACAAAAGACCACAGCGCAGUCAGGAUCCAAUUAGCUGUCCCUUCCACAUCAUCGUUAGCUUAGCUUGGCUCACUCACUUUUCCAGACCAAGAAUCCAAUUAUGGAGACAGACGCGAUCAGCAAGACACCGAUCAAGAUGAUUAUACCGAUCAGCGUUGGAAGCUUUGAGUCUAGUGGGGGGUAGAACCGUGUUGGUAUUGUUAUUUGAACUGUCACUAAUAUUCCAUAUGACAGAAACCCUGCAAUGGGUCACAGGCGAUGUAAUCACCUGGUAGGACAAUGACAUCCGUCUGCGUGACGUAGGUGACUUGAGACGUCCGAACCUCACAGGUGUAAGUGCCCUGGUGGUCAGGAACUACAUUGGGUAGCUUGAGGUGCCGCCAAGCAGAGCGUCCAUCCAUCACGUGGAUCUUCCAGUCCUCCGAGAGCGUCAGGUGGUGUUGCAUGCCACUCACCUUCAUCGAUAGGAUGUGCUCCGAACGACGGAACCUCCAGAUCAGGUCAAAGGUUUGGA